AUGGCAUCCGAAGAGCUACCCCGCAAGCUCUGGGAGCACCCCAAUCCCAAAGGAACACAGAUGUACGAGUUCUUGGAAUCUGUGAACAUUCACUUCGGUCUUCAACUCAAGACAUUCGAUGACCUUCACAAUUGGUCGGUCGCCAACCGCUCCAAAUUCUACGGCCAUCUCUUCAACUACGCCAAUCUCAUCUACGAAGGCCGUCCGUCAUCAGUCGUCGACGAAUCACUCCCGAUAGACGCCAUCCCCAAGUGGUUCCCCGGCGUCCGUCUCAACUGGGCCGAGAACAUCCUCUACUCCCGCGGCCCUACGGACACACCCGAUCACCACGGCACGGUGGGCAAGGAUGAAGACAAAGUUGCCGUCACCGAGGUCCGGGAAGGCAACCCAGGCGACGUCCGAAGCCUUACCUGGGGAGACUUCCGAAAGGAUUCAGGGCGUUUAGCUGCUGCCAUGAAAGCCCGCGGAGUGAAGGAGGGUGACCGUAUCGUCCUGGUCGGGGCCAACUCCAUCGAGACUCUGUUGGUUUUCACGGCUGCGACAUGGCUGGGCGCUAUCUUCAGCAGUUCAUCAACGGACAUGGGUGUGAAGGGAAUCCUGCAGCGAACCACCCAGGUCGAUCCCAAAUUCAUCUUCUUCGACGACGCCACGGUAUAUAACGGCAAAACCGUCGACCUCCGUGAUAAGAUGACAGAGGUCGUCUCCGGCAUGAGCUCCUGCCCAUCAUUCGCCGGCCUCGUCUCGAUCCCGCGCUUCUCGAAACCCUACGACGUCGCCUCAAUCACAAAGACGGAGCUCUGGGCCGACUUCCUCAAGUCCGGCGGCUCCUCCACACCGCCUGACUUUGUCCGAAUCCCGUUCCACGCUCCUUUUCUAAUCUACUACUCCUCCGGCACGACCGGCAUCCCAAAGGCCAUCGUCCACACCGUGGGCGGCGUCAUCCUCAACAUCGUCAAGGAGGGCCGCCUCCACGAAUCCAUGUCCCCAGAGUCCGUGUGUCUGCAAUACACCACGACCGGCUGGAUCAUGUACCUCGCCAACGUCGCGGCCCUGCUGAACGGCGCACGGGUCGUCAUGUACGACGGCUCGCCCUUCGUCCCGGAUCUGACAUCGUUCAUCCGGAUCCUCGGGGAGCAGCGCGUGACGAAGCUCGGUAUCAGCCCGAGGUGGAUGUUCGAGGUUGCCAAGAACAAGAUCAGCCCCCGCGAGGUGACGGACCUCAGCUCGCUGCAAAUUGUGACGAGUACCGGCAUGGUGCUUUCCAACCAGCUGUUUGAGUGGUUCUACGACGCAGGGUUCCCGAAACACGUUCACCUGGCUAACAUCUCAGGAGGCACUGAUAUUGCCGGCUGCUUCGGCAUGGAAAACCCCCUGACUCCAGUCUACGUAGGCGGCACCCAAGGCCCCUCCCUCGGCGUCCCCAUCGAGAUCUUCGACGCCCAGCUCCCCAACGGACCCGGCAAACCCGUCCCCCACGGCGAACCAGGCGAACUCGUCGCCACGGCCGCCUUCCCCAACAUCCCCUGCUUCCUCUGGGGCGACUCGACCGCCCCCUCCCCGUCCGCCUCCAGCUUCGCCUCCGCGCCCCCGGGGACGAAGUACCACGCCGCCUACUUCGCCCGCUUCGACCACGUCUGGGCCCACGGCGACUUCUGCCAGGUGCACCCCAAGACGGGCAACAUCGCGUUCCUGGGCCGCGCCGACGGCGUGCUGAACCCGAGCGGCAUCCGCUUCGGCAGCGCCGAGAUCUAUGCCGUCAUCGAGCGCAACUUCUCGGGCAAGGUGGUCGACAGCCUCUGCGUGGGCCAGCGGAGGCCCGACGACGACGACGAGAGCGUCAUGCUCUUCCUGAUGAUGCGGCCCGGGGAGAGGUUCGAUAAGAAGCUGGUGGGCGAGGUCAGGGAUGCGAUUCGCAAGGAGUUGACGAAGAGGCAUGUGCCCAAGUACGUCUUCGAGACGCCGGAGAUCCCAACGACGGUGAACUUGAAGAAGGUGGAGUUGCCAGUGAAACAGAUCGUUUCGGGGCAGCACAUCAAGCCCAGCGGCACCCUCCUCAACCCGCAAAGUCUAGACUUUUACUACCAGUUCGCCAAGGUCGAGGAGGUGCUCGCCGGGAAGGAGAAGUUGUAA